GCCCGGGCUGGGGCCAGACGGACGGUCGGACUCGCCGGACUACUCCCAUGGCGCUCGUGGGACUCGGGGUGGCGGCCGCCUCCUUCGCUGCGUUCCGGGGGCUGCACCGGGGCCUCGAGCUGCUGCCCACCCCGCGCCUCGCUGACGCCCGGGACCGCUGGACGUGGAGGAACAUCUGCGCCUCCCUCGUGCACAGCGUGCUGGCCGGGGCCGGGGCGCUGCUUUGGAUGUCCCAGUACUCACAUCUGGUCUCGGACUUCACCCACAGCUGCCCCCCCAGGACCGAUGCUCUGGUCUCUCUGUCCAUCGGUUAUUUCCUGGCAGACGGGGUGGAUAUGCUAUGGAAUAAGACAUUUGGCCAGUCGUGGCACCUGCUUUGUCACCACGCUAUGGCGGUGAGCUGCCUGGGCUUGGCCGUGUUGCCAGGUCGAUGCCUGAGCAUCUCUGUGGUGCCUCUGCUUUUGGAGGUAAACUCAGCCUGCCUGCACUUCCGAACGCUGCUCCUUCUUUCUGGCCAAACCUCUACUCUGGUCUUCCGCCUGGCCUGCUGGGCCACGCUGGCCACCCUGCUGGUGUUCCGCCUCCUGCCCCUGGGAUGGAUGAGCCUGCAGCUGCUGCGGCAGCCCCACCACUUCCCCCUCACCUUCAGCAUCCUCUGGGGAGUCGGGUUGCUCACCAUCACCAUCAUGAGCAUUAUGUUAGCCAUCGAUCUUCUGGCCGCCAAUGGCCUGUGGGGCCGGGCCCCACCCCCCUCCUCCAGAGAGAAGGCCAAAAGCACCUGGGAAUGUGGGAGUGACGAUUAUGCCAGGCUUCCGCACCAAGAGGACGCCACCCCCAAUCGACAGGAUUAGGUUGGCCUUUUGGUCUCCUAGAAGCUCUGAGACCAUGGGGCUGAGUCAAGAAGGAGGGUGGUUCUUAACUCCCGGGACCCUAGAAUGCACCAGGCCCUGUGGGCUCUCUUGACUCAGGACUGCUAGAAGCAGGGCCCCUGCUACUGGGCCCCGAACUUCUGGGAUGAGAACCCAUAGCUGCAGCGGGCAGGGCCUUUCUACAAGUCAUGCAAGCAGAUGGAUGCCGCUGGAAUUGCCUGAGUAAAUGGGGCCUCUUACCCUUCAGCAGCAGUUGGGGUAGAGGGAUAGAAAGGUCAUACCAGAGCCAGGCCCACCCAUUACAGAAACAAGGCAAUGGACUGUGGCUCCCUGGUUGUGGCCAGUAGGAAUAGCCAGGAGGCGGGGUGAUCUGGAAGCCCUGAAUGUUGGGCACCAAGGUCCCCGGUUCUUUCUCUGGGUUGUUGGUUUGUUGUUGUCUUCGGCUGCACUGAUAAUUGUUUGCCACUACCCCAACUGCUUCACCCAUCAUCCCUUGUGCCCUCUUUAAAGAAAAUACAGGAACUGUAAGCCUGGAGCCAGUCUUUCUUCUUUCAACCUGGGCCAUGAGAGACAGCAGAAACACUCAGAGGCUACGCAGACCCGUGCUCUAUUUGUGAGGUCCCAGCGAGAGAGGCCCAGGAGGAGAGGAUACCUUGAGACUCCAGAGGGUUAAGGAACAUUUUCUGUCUGGCCUUCUGCAGCAGCCUGUCCCUCAUACAUAUUUUCAGUGACCUCACUCUCACUAGGCUGUUUUCCUCCAGGAAAAUUUCCUGGUUUAUGGGAAAUGUAGGCAGAUUCCAGUCCCUCCUCUGCUCUACCCGAAAUGGACAGCCCUGGAUAGAACAGAAGGGACUAAAAGCUAGACAAAGAUGGAGCAAGAUAAUGGGGGAAAGACAAAGGGAGUGAAAGAGACAGACAAACAGAGAUGGAUGGGAAGGAAGUGAGAAAGAGAUACUACAGAGGGAAAGAGAAGGAGAGAGGCUGACAUUGCCUGAAACAAAAAGAGACUGAACAGGAACAGAGAUAGACAGUCCCAGAUACUGAGAGGGACACGGUCAGACACAGACCAAAAUGGAGAAAUGGGCAUAGACAAAGAGGGAUAGAGACAAAGAAAGGGAGACAGAAACAAUGAAUGACAGAGAAGGAGGCAGAAACAGGGACAGUGACCGAGAGAGGCAGAAGUGAGGACAGAGGUAGGAGAUACGGGAUAAGGGGCAUCUGAGGGGAACUGGCAGAAACAAGGGCAAAAAAGGAAGGGGGGUGGGAAUGGGAGAAGAGACAUGGACAGAAGGAAAUUGACAGAAACAGGGAAAAAAGGUUGAUAGACUGAAGGACUGAGCUACAAUUAGGACAGGAGAGGAGUGUUCAGACAAACACGAUGUGCAAAAACAGAAAGGCAAAGAUGGAUGGGAACCGGAAAAGAAUGGGGGGUGUAGAUCCAGGAAGAUGAGAUGGAGAUGGAGGAGGAAGCAUCUAGAGAGACCAUAUAAAGGGGUGACAGAGAGGGAGAACAACUGGAAGAAAUGAGAUAAAAACACAGGGUUUUUUUUAAAAAAAGACAAAAACACUGAAGAAGACAAAAACUAGACAAAGGUGGGUAAAAUUAGGGGAAACAAAGCUUUAGAGGUCUAUUUCUUGAACAGCCAGGCCACCCAAAUGACAAUGUAUGCACACCAUCUCCUUUGGGUCUCGGGACAACUCUUGAGCUAAGUCCAUAGAGCUAUUAUUUCCCACAUACAAAAACACAGGGGGACUGGCCCAGAGAGGUGAAUUGAUUUGUCUGGGGUCACACAGCUAGGAAACAGCAGAGGUGAGAUUUGAGUCCAGGUUUCCUUGACAUCCAGUCCAGCCCUAUAUUCCUUCUGCCACAUUAGAAACUGAUAGCUAUAGAAGUCGACAUAAAGGAAGAUGGCUGUUUCCAUUAGGGUGUACCCAAAAGGCUUGGAGGUCUUCUUUAACAAGACUGAGCAACAAAUGUCAACCACCUUAUUAAGCAGAAUUCAUUCGAUCCUUUGAGUUUUCAGCAAAUGAGAAAAUUUAGCAGUAAUAGAAGGUUGAAACAGGGUAAGAGAGGGUUGGUAUACAGACUGAAAUUAGGUAACCCAGAAAAAAGAGAAAGGAAACAACUGAUAGAGUAGCAGUCCCCUCUUUAGUGGCACAGU